CUCACUCAUCAAAGCAGCCUCUUCUCGUUAACAUCAAGGAGGAAAGUGACAACAGCCUCGUCGGAGAAGCCAAGAACUCAUCUCCUCUUGUCCUCCUUCAUCAGGUCAGCUGCAUCCUGCAUGUGAGAUGAUGGUGGAUGAGAAGGGAAGGUGUGGGAGGUGCGGGGAGUGGCAGGAGCAUUACUACUGGGAGCACAUGGAGGAUGUGAGCAAGAUCAGGUUCUUCAAGCUCAUGACAGGAGAUUUUCAGCAGCGCAUUAGCAUACCGGAGAAGAUUGCCAACAAUUUCAUCGGGAAGAUCGCCAAUGGAGGAUUCACACUCAAAGCACCAAGCGGCGAGGAAUGGCGCGUUGGUGUUGAAAAGAUUGCCGAUGAGCUGUUCUUCAUGCCAGGAUGGGAGGAAUUUGCCAAGGCUCACGAACUGCAGGAGAAUGACCUCUUGUUCUUCAAAUGCAGUGGCAAUGGCUCCUUUGAUGUACUCAUCUUCGACCCGAGCGGUUGCGAGAAGGUUUCAUGUUUCUUUGCCAAUAAAAAGGGUAUCAAAAUGCGCAAACAGUUUGAUAACAUUGUGAGUCAACACGGUGAAGAGCACUGCAUUUUGAGUGAUUCUGACGAUACUAGCAUGCCACUAUCGCAGCUGGUUCGGUCUACUCACAAGGCCCCCACUUCAAAGAAACCAAGGAAAGAGAAUGACUCUCCAAACAGCAGCAACUAUUAUCUUAAGAACGAGGUGGAGCAAGAAGAGGAAAGUGAUGACGACCACACUGAAUCCAACAACUACUACUACUCAAGGAUUGCCAAUUGCCUGACCGAAGAUGAACGAGAGGAAAUAUUCAGGCAGGUAUCAAUUCAGUCAGGCAACCCUGUAUAUGUGGUUGUCCUGCAGAAGGCUCAUGUUCGCCCUGCGAACAACCUACUGAUCAUCUCCAGCAAAUUUGCAGCUGAUCAUCUUGAGGGGAGAUCAUAUGAGAUGCUGCUUCUCAGGCCAAACAGGAAAGAGAAAUGGUGUCUGAAGUACUACCACAGCAGGGUCACCCGAGGCUUCAACAGCCGGCGCUGGAACAAGUUUGUUCGUGAUAAUAUGCUGCGCGAGGGCUACGUCUGCAUCUUCGAGCUCAUGAAAGGCGCGAGGAAGGCGACGAUGACUGUCCACGUCCUUCGGAAGGUGGAUGACAAGUUUGUUCUACUGGGCUAAGUUCCUGCAUCCUCUUAUGUGCCUGAGGUUCAGUGUGUGUAAAUGUGUCACGGAGAACUGAACUAGUAGUAUGCAGCCAUAUGAUGCAAGUGCACCAGUUUGUCACCUAAAGCUAACUUCUUAGUGUAUAUGGUUCCAAUGGAACCAGGUGUGAGCAUUGUGAAUGUUCACUGACCUCCA